GUAUAAUAGCACGGUCAUUCUCCUGGUGAUGAUCAAGAAACCUUACAGCCUCAGGGUACUAUGCAGCAACAAAUCUCGCGAUCCCCAUCAUGUCAAAGUACGAAGCAGACGAGAAGCAUUUCGAGCAAGAUCACGUCGAGUUCGCCGAGAACGGCGGCAAGCAAGGAUCUCAACCUCAAAUUGAAGGGAACAUCCAAUUGAUCGGGAAUGAUGGCGAGGUCCGACUCGUUCCUACCCCAAGCGGCUCCAAGCACGACCCUUUGAGUUUUGGCAAAGCGCGCAAAGUCGGCUUGUUGGUCACUGUUAUCUGGUUCUCUAUCAUCGCCUUGAGCGUUGUCGGCGGCUUUGGAGCCCUGGCUCCUAUCUUCUUCGGCCUCUACAUUCCUCAGGGUGUCACGGCUGACCAUGUCGUCAGGCUCCUUACCUGGCCGUCUCUAUUCACCGGGCUGGGAAACUUUGUGUUUCUUCCUCUCGCCCUGGUUGUGGGCCGACGACCCGUAUUCAUAUUCGCCUCCUUCAUGCUCGUGGGGUCUUCUGUAUGGGCAGCCAAAUCAGGCACCUCCUAUGAGAGUCAUCUAGGAGCGAGGCUGUUGCAAGGUUUCAGUGCCGGUGCUACCGAGAGUCUGUUACCUUUGAUCAUCACCGACAUGACAUUCGUUCACCAACGCUCGAAGUACUUUGGUGCCUACUGGGUGGCUCAAAGUUUGUUCACAGCCUGUCUGAACACGGCGAGCUCCUACAUCGCUGAAUAUUUGCAAUGGGCUUGGUAUUACUGGAUUUUUACCAUUCUCGCCGUCAUCGGGGUCCUCUUGGUAAUCUUUGCUGCCCCGGAGACCAAGUUCGAACGACCCGCCUUUGCCAUCGACGGCAAGGCGGCCAAGGUGGAUGCUUUCGGUAAUCUCGUAAUGCUCACCGAAGAGGAAGCUGCCCACGUAGCCCUGGACACCAACGCGGAUCAGACUGUGGGGCCGAAAGAGAACAUGGGUUACGUCGAAUCGCUCCUCUACCGGGUCCCGGCCACGUGGAGCGACUUCAAGGUCAUUCUGAACGUAUACAAACACAUGGUUUUGGCCCUUCUGGAUCCCGCUAUUAUCUGGUCGCUCGGCGCAUCUUCUAUCGUACUUGGCACCACCAUCGGGCAAUCAUUGACAUUCGGGACGAUAUUGCAAGAGAAGUACCAUUGGGCACACCAAAAUACCGGCCUUAUCUACCUCGGUACCCUUCCCAUCUGUGUACUCUCCUUCUUGACCAGCGGAUGGGGCGGUGACAAGAUCAACUUGUGGUUUGCGAAGCGAAACGGGGGCGUCCAUCUCCCAGAACACCGACUCCCGGCUAUCAUUGUUCCUACCAUACUCGGCCUCUCCCUUGGCGUUUUGAUGUAUGGUUUCUGCGCUGAUGCCGCGCCCAACGUUCACUGGAUCGCCAUUGUCAUCAGCCAGAACAUGUCCACUUAUCUCUUCAUCUGCAUAUUGAUCACCACGACGACAUACUGCGUCGAGAGCAUGACUCACCAUGCUGGAGCUGCCUUGGUCAUGGUCGUAGGAGGCAAGAACAUCUUGUCUUUCGGACUCGCCACCGCCAUUACCGAUCUCGCCAACACAGGAAGAAACGCUUAUGCCAAUGGAAUCUUGGCCGGCUGCGCUGGUGGAUGGCUACUUUUGGCCUUGCCUCUGUACUUCUACAUGCCCAGGUACCGCAAGUGGAAGGCUGAAAGGGCCACAAAGUGAGAAUGCAGAAUCUUGAUCAGUAACAAGGUUCGCAAGGGAAUUUGAGGUAAUGAGGGUAAAGGGUUCUGGGUAAUACAAGGAAACGGAAAAUGAUAUGAUCAGUCGUAUGGUGAAAUCAAGAGUGCCGCACGAGGAAGGCCGACAAGGCGGAAGAACCAGAUAUUUGUACUACUAGCAGAAGUGCGGGAAAGAGUGCAAAUGUGUAAACUUCCGGAUCCGUGAUACAGAUUGACAAUAGUCGAGUCGAGCAGAGACUAGCAUAUCAUUGUCGAUCUGAUCCUAGCGUAGUUGUUGCACUUUGGAAGUUCACCGCCUUCCUGAAUGUGUAGCAAGGGUUUGCGUAGACCUGCUUGGCAGGUUUUGGUGUGUAACUCAUAUUGUUCGCGACCACACCUGGCGAGCCUACUUUGUAUCGCAUGAUAGCCAGUCU